AAACUCACAAGUCGCCGUAGGCCACAUCUAAUUAACUCCCGGAAACGGCAACGGUAAAAGAAGAUCCGACUUGGUAUUUUCGUCGGUUCAUAAAUUUUUGUCUCCAUUUUUGGCCAAAGAUCCAACCACCUAGCUUCUCUUUCAGUCCUUCAGCCAUCUGAUUCGGAUCCGGACCUGGAACUCCCUCUCUCUACUCGGCUCCUCGUUGUCAGGCGUCCCUGCAACCGCCCGCUUGCUCCGUUCGCCGGCGUUCAUCUCCUCGUUCUUUUCAUGCCAUCUUCCGAUCCUAAGUUACUCUGGCUUUUCGGAUCCGCAGCUCUUGUUUCUCAGUUACUUUAACAAUUGCAACAAGCUAUUGGGUGGUGGCAUUUCCAUCUUAUUGUCUUGGACAACAAAACAUGCUCUGAUGUGAGGUGAGCUCAGUUGGGGCUUGCUGUUCAACUUAGAAAGACAAUGGGAGAUGGUAGCAACAACAGAGGCAGUGGUGGUGGUGGCAACAGUGAGAAGCCAGAAUGGCUCCAGCAGUACAACCUUAUUGGCAAGAUCGGGGAAGGUACUUACGGUCUUGUAUUCUUGGCCAAAACCAAGUCACCGCCUUCAAGCCGUGGCAAAUCCAUCGCCAUCAAGAAAUUUAAGCAGUCUAAAGAUGGUGACGGUGUCUCCCCCACCGCCAUCCGCGAGAUCAUGUUGUUACGAGAAAUAACGCACGAGAACGUUGUGAAGCUCGUCAACGUACACAUCAACCACAACGACAUGUCACUCUACCUGGCGUUCGACUAUGCUGAGCACGACCUCUACGAGAUCAUCAGGCACCACAGAGAGAAGCUCAACCACCCGAUCAAUCAGUAUACGGUCAAAUCUCUGCUCUGGCAGCUGCUCAACGGGUUGAACUAUCUCCACAGCAACUGGAUCGUGCACCGAGACCUCAAGCCGUCCAACAUCCUCGUGAUGGGAGAUGGUGAAGAGCAUGGAGCCAUCAAGAUUGCCGAUUUUGGGCUAGCAAGGAUUUAUCAAGCUCCGUUGAAACCGUUGUCCGAUAAUGGUGUUGUGGUAACAAUUUGGUAUCGUGCUCCCGAGUUGCUCCUUGGGGCGAAGCAUUACACGAGCGCUGUUGAUAUGUGGGCUGUUGGAUGCAUUUUUGCUGAGCUCUUGACUUUGAAGCCCCUCUUUCAAGGUGCAGAGGCCAAGUCGACACCGAACCCUUUCCAGCUCGAUCAGCUCGACAAGAUUUUCAAGAUAUUAGGCCAUCCCACACAAGAAAAGUGGCCAACACUUGUGAACCUUCCUCAUUGGCAAUCUGAUAUUCAGCACAUCCAAGGUCACAAGUAUGAAACCAAUGCACUACACAGUGUAGUGCAUCUCUCUCCCAAAAGUGCUCCAUUUGAUCUGCUUUCUAAGAUGCUUGAAUAUGAUCCUAGAAAGCGGAUAACAGCUGCACAGGCACUUGAUCAUGAGUACUUCAAGAUGGAACCUUCGCCGGGAAGAAAUGCUCUUGUGCCGGUUCAGCCAGGGGAGAAAGUGAUCAAUUAUCCUACUCGUCCUGUUGACACGAAUACCGAUUUUGAAGGAACGACUAGCCUUCAGCCUCCACAACAGAUGGUUUCUGGGAAUGCAAUGAUGGCAGGUGCUCAUGGAAUGGGCCGAGGUGGUCCUCGACCUAUGCACAUGGGGAUGCAGAGAAUGCAACCUCAGGGUAUGGCAGCUUACAAUCUCCAGGCUCAGGCCGGAAUGGGAGGGAUGAAUCCAGGAGGAAUGCCAAUGGGUCGAGGUGUUGCUCAGGCCCAUCAGCAACCUCACCUGAGAAGGAAAGAUCCGCCUAUGGGGGCUGGAUACCCUCCACAGCAGAAAUCCAGACGCUAAUCGGACGAGCAGAAAUCCAGACGCUAUUCCAAGCCAUCAUUGCUCUAUCCUGGAUCCAUUUGAUCUGUCUGCCACUGCCUGCUCGCUGCUUGUAUGCACAGUUUUUUCACUUAAAAAUCGAAGAGCAGAAAUUUUCACAACAAAGUGGCUAUCUAACAAAGAGCCCGUGGUAUCUGUACUAUGUAUGAUUUUAUCUCGCUGUGAUCGUCUUAUUUAUACUCCAUGGAGUCACAGUUCCCAAUUUUAAGGGAUUUGUAUCAAGCAGCUGUAACACAAUUACCAUGUAUUGCAGUUCACUGAUGCAGAUGAGUUCAACAAAUGUGUAUUCUGAUUUCGGCUUACAAUAAUGUACCGUCUUGUUGUUUUUCCUCCUGAAUUUACUGAAGCAAUUAUGUGAACAAUGGAAAGCCUACUCACCCUAAUCUUACAGCUCAAAGCCACAAAAAUAGAAAGGCACCUAAUUUUCACGUCAUGGCUUUAUUGCAGGAAGUUACCCUGGCUAUUGCUGAGUAGACGAUGAAAAGGAGGGAUACAGCAUACAGGCCGGCUAACGAGACAAGUUAGAAAGACGACGUCUUUUGAUUGUUACAUUUCCCAGUGAGGCUGGCACACGAGUCCUGCGGUAAGCUGCUUUUCGACUGUACCUGGAGUCAGGAAAGGAAAUAAUCAACGAUCAAAAGGGAAGAAGCGGAAGCCGAAGAAGUAAACAUGUCGGCGCUUUUCAAUUUCCAUUCGUUUCUGACGGUGGUGCUGCUGGUGAUCUGCACUUGCACUUUCUUGAAGAUGCAAUUCCCCACCAUUCUCGAACAGAAAACCGGAUUCCGCGGUUUCUUUUGGAAAGCAGCCAGAAUAGGUGAACGGUUAAGCCCCUGGGUAGCUGCAGGGUGCCUGACGAUGGGUGUCUCGAUCAUAUUCUUCUGACAACAGCUUUUUUCUAUCAUUCGACUCGAAAGCAGCAAACCAAGCCUCCCCAUCUCCAGCAUCUGUCUGCAAGACUGCUCCCUACCCAAGAAAAAAGCCAGCUUUUGUUGCAUUGCAUGUCUCGAUAUUAUAAGAAGACUAUCAUCCACUUGUAACUUAGUAGUACUAAGCAGUGUGAGUUGUUUUGUUUCUCUGACAGUG